AUGGCCCUUCGGAACUAUCUUUAUGCAAAACACUCAGAUACUACUCAGGCAGUUUUGAUCAACAAAUCGCAAGCGUUGCCGCCGACUAUGAGGUUUCCAAGAAGAGCGUCGGUGCCGAAACCGGUGAAGCAAGAGUGUCCUCCAGAGAGGCAGUUGGUGCUUGACGAUGGGACUAAGAAGUGUGCCAAUUGUGCUGAUUGUCCGAGGAAAGUGGACCAGGUGAGUCCGCAGGUGGCCGUGGAGGUGGAUGAGGUGGAUGUGGAGAGGUUGAAGUUGGAGGUGGACUUCACGAAUAAGCAGGGUCUCUGA